AGAGGUAUCAUGACAGUCUUGUGCUUAUUAUGGGCCUAAGGCCAUGGUUUCGCUUCCGUGGAAAUGUCUAACCUCACAUGACAGUUAGUUUCGUUUUCCGGUCUGUAUAGCUAAUAAGAUCUACAACGUAUUCGCGUACAUGCUCGCAGACGCCUCACACACAUUUCGAAACAUUCGCAAGUAGAAACCAAAAUACUGCUGCGAGUUAGUGACAUAACUUUGUCAACAUGGGAGUUCAAGGACUGAGGACCUUCAUUGAGAGUGGCAACAGAAGUGAUUUAAGAAGCUGGGCUUUUAGAGACAGUCGAUUAAUAAUCGACGGAUGUACCUUAUACUACACCCUGUACUUUGACUGCAAUUUGGAUCAGAUGCAUGGAGGAGACUAUGAUGCCUUUGAGGAGAUGAUUAUACUGUUCUUUGAGAACCUCAGAGACUGUGACAUUCACCCUUACGUUGUACUUGAUGGUGGUGCUGACCACACUGACAAAAAAUGGGACAGUCUUAGGAAACGAAAACAGGAGAAAAUAAAUGCGGCCUUUGCCUUGUCAGCAGGGAAAAGAGCCAAUGUCCUUCCUAUUCUCGUCAAAAAUGUCUUUAGACAGCUCCUUCAUAAGCUCAAGGUACCGCUGAUUUAGUGUCUCAAAGAGGCUGAUUUUGAAAUCGCUGCUUUGGCGAAAGAAUGGAAUUGUCCAGUCUUGUCUAAUGACAGUGACUUCUAUGUAUUCAACUUCUCGGCCGGAUUUAUGCCAAUGACACAUUUCCAGUGGAAAAACGUGGAAGUGCACAGACGCACAAACAACAAAUUCAUCCAAGCCAAACACUUUACAGUGGGAAAAUUCUGUGAAUCCUUCAGAAUGAACCCUGAGCUUCUCCCAGUCCUUGCUACCGUCUUGGAUAAUGAUUAUGUGAAGCUGCCCAAUAUCAAAAGCCUGGGUUGGGAGAAAUGCUCAAUGCCUGACUCGGAACACACCCGGAUUCAUGAUUUGCUCAACUGGUUAUCCCAGUUCCCAGAGCCAGAUGCAGCUGUAAGUGCUUUGGUGAAACUAACACGCAACAAAGAAAAACCCCUCGUCCAAGAAGCACUUUCCCAGGGAAUCCAAGAAUACAAGCUCAUCUCUGGCUAUCUUGCCCAGUUCUUCGACUCAAAGACGAUUUCACAGGCAGCUUCUUCAGGUCCACUGCAAGUUCUGCCUAAAUGGACCUUGAGUCCCCUACUUGAGGGAAAGAUGAGCUCCUCCAUUAUCGAUGCACUCGUACAUCAAAGGGUUUCCUUGACAAUGCAGGUUGAAGAUUUCCAACUCCCCUGUAGCAGUGAAACCUCUCGUCCCAUACGCCAAGUGAUUUAUGGGUUACUGUUGUUGGGAGAACAACACACUGCAGAUAAACUAGAGUUAGCCGUUAAAACAUCCCCUGGCACAAGCAAGCAUUUUGUAGAGGAAUAUGGCAGACAACAAUCAAAACUAAGCAGUCAGAAAGUUGAAGCCAUCAAGACCACGGUGAUGGAAGGCCUUCAACUGGAAACAUUAUGGAAGGAACCACACGACGUGCGACUUCAGGUGCUCCUGGACACUUUGGGUGUGUCGUCGGAGAUUUUAAAAGAGAUCCAACCUGCUCUACAGCUGCAACUUUUUGUGACAUGUUACUGGUUAGUAAACGCGCAGCCUCUGCCGUCUCAAGUGCAUCUUUGGGGGCUGCUGCUGGGAAUGGUCUAUGGACAGUUCAGCAGUACACCUGAAACACAAAGAGACAUGCUGUUGAAACUUAAGAAACUACAAACUGGUCGAAAAAGGAUCUCUCUGGAGCAUGAAACGACUCAUCUAUACAGCCAGUGGCAGUCCUGCCUGAAGUGGAGUCUCUGUCUCAAUCGUUUACUGUGUUUUCCCGUAUCUGAACCAGAGGUUGCACGUUUGUACCGUGGAAAACUGGUGCACCAGUUUGUUGAGGAGCUCAGGAGAGGAAUCACUCUGCACUCUCUGCUGGUGAAGGGUUCAAGCACCGAGCAGCUCUUCAAACAGCUGAAGGAUGCAGUUGUGAGCUUGGUGGGAAAAGAUUUCCUCAAGAAAAUGAGAACUGGGCUCAAGCACAGAGCUGCUGGGAAAAAACAGAAAAACUACAGCGGCCAGAAUCCGCCUAUAGAUGAACUGAGCAGUUGCUUUGAACAUCUGACGUGCGAGGAUAUCGAUGACUGUGAAGAUGAUGAUGAUCACGAUGAUCUCAAUGGGAAAAGGAGGAAGAGUAAAGCCAAGGAUCACAAGACUGAAAAUCCUGAUGCUUGCCACACUAUCCGUACCAGACACAAAGUGAAAGCUUGCAAUUCUGAUCAUCCCUCUAAAAAAUAAAGCAGGAGAGGCUUUGAGUAGCCCUUAAAGGACUUACAACAACAACAAAACAAAACAUGUUUGAGCUAAUGCACUUAUAAUGGAAAGUGCUACCAGAAAAACUGUUAAAAUGACAGCUUGUCUACUGUAUAUCAUAACCACAUCAUGUACAGUCUUGUUUUUGCCGUCCUGUAUUAUUGAUAUUCACUGCGUGAUUUAAGCAAAAAAUGAUUAUGUGUUAAGGAGCUGUGUUAAUGUGUAACUUUGAUGAAUUAGUAUAUUGUUGUCAAUGCAAAUUCACCCUAUUCAGCAAAGUAUUUUAAGUAACAUGAGAUUUUUCGUUUUAUAAAAAAUUAAAUGUGUAGCAAGUGUAUUAAAAUAUUUUUAUAUUUUAAGCUUUAUUUUGUGUGUAAAUAACAGAUUUCUGUAACACUGCAUAAUGUAUUAAUAGCUGUACCUACAAUGGGCAGCAUAACCCACAAGAAUACACAAUAUCAUAAAAGGGAUAUUACAUUUAAAUUCUAAACUGUUUGAUAUUUCAUAUCAAACUGUUAAAUGUGAACAAUUAGGCAUUAAGGUAUUAUGAACAUUAAUGUUAUGGAUUUCAGUGAUUGAAAGAAAUAAAAAUUGACCUUGAAAAUGUA